GAAAACCUGCCGCAUAUGGAGCAUGGCGUCAGUGGACAGACGUGGAGCGACUAUAUAGUCUACCCCGACACGAUCCCUCUGGCAAGGGCUUUUUCCCGUUCCACCGUUACUUCUCGCCUGCCGCCGCGCACUCUCCAUCCCGCCAUGACCGCCACAGCCACCUAUCGAGACACGCACUCCGUGGAGACCCAGAAGCAACGAUACUCGCGCGAACUGGCUGAGUAUACAUCCCGGCAAUGGGAUGUCGCCCGCCAGGCUAUGAACAGUGAGAAGGCGAAAGAUGCCUCCCGCCGAACGUCUCCGCCGAAGGACAAGUCACCUCGAUCAUCCCAAGGUAUACAGUCAAUCGACUACGCUUCAAGGUCCUUCAGUGGCGGAAAUCAUGAAGGCCGCGCUAUCGCUGCGGGCAGCGUCUGAGACGACGAAGCGCAGGAGCUUCCUUAACCGCCGUGCUUAAUACGGCUAUACCUUGCAUCACGAUGCCAUAACUCGGAUGUCUGCUGCGUCAUUGUCUUUCCCUUGUUCUGGCUGUACGAGAUAUUCAUACCAUCAUCAUAUCUGGACACAAGCAUAUUCAUGGACCUUACUUAUAAAAGGCCGUGACUCGCAUACUGUAUUUCUAUCACUGGCAGCCCUAUAUAUAUGCAUGCCGCGUGUCAGC